UCCUGCUUCCACACCUCCUCAGUGACCAGCUUUUCCUCCUUGAGGGACUCACAUUGGCAGAGCCACAAAGCAGCUGACAUAUUGGCGUGGGUCAGAUGCACCCGAGACCCAUGGACCACAAAGGAGGUGGAGCCUUUAGGCAGGAUCCACAGACUGGCAGCAAUGAAACCGAUAGCCAGAGAGCCCCAGCCUGACAAAAAAUCUGUGCAAAGGCUCCAGGACAAGUCGUCCAGCUUGCAGUUGGCACAGUCAGAGGCCCAGUACCACCUGCGUCAGCAGAGGCUGGAGGCCUAUUUGCAGAACCAGCUCCAGCUGCCACAGGGGAUGGGCGAAACCUUGUAUCCCCCCGGAGAGGAGGAGCACUGGCGCCCACCAUGCCCGGGGCCCAGGACAGAGGACUAUGAGUGCCUGGGGUGCCCGAUCCCCGACAGGGAGCUGGGCCACAUCCAGAGGCACAUCUACUGGGCAGAGCAGGCCCGAGGCCUCAGAGGCAAGCAGCAGCGCUGGGCGGUCCAGGACAUCCCCAGUGAGCUGUGGGCCCCCCAAAGUGCAGCCGCAGAGGGGAAGUGGAAAGUGAUCACGGAGGAGCAGAUGGCGUCCAGGAGAAGCAGCAGGCAGAGGAUGGCCUGGGUGGCCGAGCAGAUCAAGGGGCACCAGGACCGCAUGCUGAGAGGCCGCAGGCUCUCUGAGAAGAGGAGGGCGGAGAGGGAGGCCCUCAGGACCCCCAGCCAGGUGCCUCCUGUGCGCACGCAGCCCGGGGGGAGGAGGAACACCGCCUUCCCCAUCACCCGGCCUUUGUGGACCCCAGGGAUCAAGGUGCCCAGACUGAGGGCCACGUCCCCCGAGGAAGAGUUGCUGGAGUGGCCCUUCCUCAGGAGCCAGGUUGUCCAGUUUCGUGCGUAGUUUCUUUGUUCAGUUUUCUGUCAAUAAACUUGAGUUCUGUUUUGGACAAGGGUGUCCCUUCCAAGGGCUCCAGUGCUGCCAAACCACCUGCGUCCUCUGAUCUGCUUUCUUUUUUUUUUUUUUUUCCUCCAGGGUUAUUGCUGUGCUCAGUGCCUGCACCAUGAAUCCACCACUCCUCGAGGCCAUUUUUCCCCUUUUGUUGCCCUAGUUGUUACAGCCUUGUUGCGGUUAUUAUUGCCAUUGUUGACGUUGCUUUGUUGUUGGAUAGGACAGAGAGAAAUGGAGAGAGGAGGGGAAGACAGAGAGUGGGGAGAUAAAGAUAGACACCUGCAGACCUG